GUUUCCAAAACCCUAGAGUUCUGGGAAGACAUCCACUGCGAUGGACAGGGCUUCAUCGAUGCUUUUUGGGGGCAUUCACUUCGAUCGGAAGCGAUUCGCAAGCGAUAUUGAGAGAUUCAAGGAGAAAGAGGCGGAGCAAGAUAUCCAAAUUGAAACCGAAUCACAACCAAUUGAAUCUGCAGGAAUUGAGAAUGGGAGGAAGAAGAAGAGAAAAGCUAAAACUUUUGAGGCUGUGGAGAGCUUCAGUGUUUUCAAGGCCUCAGAACCAGUGCAUAUUGUGGAAGUUGAUUUUUCAAAGCAGAAGAAAGAAGUGGAAAAGCAGAUUGAGCAAGCUGCUCUUCUGCGAAAGAAGCAUGGAAUUCAUAUUUCUGGGCAUAAUGUUCCAGCUCCACUUCAGAGUUUUGAAGAACUGAGUUUCAGGUAUGGCUGUAAACCAUUCUUGUUGCGUAAUUUAUCAGAACUAGGGUUUAAAGAACCUACACCGAUCCAAAGACAGGCUAUUCCAAUACUACUUUCAGGAAGGGAGUGCUUUGCUUGUGCACCAACAGGCUCUGGCAAGACAUUGGCUUUUCUAUGCCCAAUUCUGAUGAAGAUUAAGCCAGGAUCUGGAGAUGGCAUAAAAGCUGUUGUCAUGUGCCCAACGAGAGAAUUAGCUGCACAAACUACUAGAGAGUGCAAAAAACUCACUAAAGGAAGAAAAUUUUAUGUUAAAUUGAUGACCAAGGAACUUGCAAGGACUGGUGAUUUUAAGAAAAUGCCUUGUACUAUUCUUGUUUCAACUCCGCUUCGUCUAGAUUUUGCUAUGCGCAAAAGAAAGCUUGACCUAACUAGGGUGGAAUACCUCGUCUUGGAUGAAUCUGAUAAGCUAUUUGAGCUUGGUUUCGUAGAGCAAAUUGAUUCCGUCGUUAAAGCUUGUUCAAAUCCUUCUAUAAUCCGUUCUUUGUUCAGUGCUACCUUGCCUGACUCUGUUGAAGAACUUGCACGGUCAAUAAUGCAUGAUGCAGUCAGAGUCAUAGUGGGCCGAAAGAAUUCCGCUUCAGAAUUGAUAAAGCAAAAGCUGAUUUUUGCUGGAAGUGAAGAAGGAAAGCUUCUUGCUUUACGGCAAAGCUUUGCACAGAGUCUUAAUCCUCCUGUACUAGUGUUUGUUCAAAGCAAAGAAAGAGCAAAAGAACUCUAUAAAGAGCUGGCAUUUGAUGAUAUAAAAGCUGAUGUAAUUCAUGCUGAUCUUUCGCAAGAGCAGCGGGAAAAUGCUGUUGAUAACUUCAGAGCAGGCAAGACUUGGGUUCUGAUAGCAACCGAUGUCAUUUCCCGGGGUAUGGAUUUUAAAGGCGUGAACUGUGUGAUGAACUACGAUUUCCCCGAAUCUGCUGCUGCAUACAUUCAUCGGAUAGGCCGGUCAGGAAGAGCAGGGAGACAUGGUGAAGCUAUAACAUUAUACACUGAAGAAGAUAAACCAUUUCUAAGAAACAUAGCAAAUGUUAUGGUGGCUUCAGGCUGUGAGGUUCCAUCUUGGAUACUCUCACUGCCAAAACUUCGACGGAAAAAGCAUAGGCCCCAAAGGGAUUCGAUAUCAACCGCACCCGAUGAUAAUGAAGAAUAGAAGUUAAGACUUUGUUUGCUUUCCUCUUGACUCAAGUCAUUUAAAGAAAGAAUUAACAUCAAACACUUUGGUGACCUUUUUUUUGUGUGUACUUUACUAUAAAUUAACGUUUUAGUAUUGAAAGACUCUAUUCUUGUUAUCAGUAACUAUUAUAAACUUUUUGAACAAUAAAUAGAUUGAUCUAUUUGAAUCACA